AGCACAGGCAGUCCCUCAGAUGGUAUAGCCCUGCCUGUGCUGCUUUCCUCUGCUGCCUGGAACACAAAUGCAGUCAAGCUGCAGCACACGCCACAGACAGAGACAGAAGAACAGGCAGCCAAGAGACAGGCACACAGAGGAAGGAGGGAAACACACACCACCAUGGGUUGCUGUAACAGAAGGUGCGGGCUGAUAGCCGGAGCUGUGGUUGGGGCUCUUGUAGCUGUCCUGGGAGGCAUCCUCAUUCCUGUGGGCGACAUCAUCAUUCAGAGGACUGUGAACCAGGAAGCCGUCAUUGAGCCAGGAACGACAGCUUAUGACAACUGGGCGGCUGCAGGGGCAAAGGUGUAUCGGCAGUUUUGGCUCUUUGAGGUAAAGAAUCCACUGGAGGUUAUGGAUCAUGGUGCGCCACCAGUAGUAAUAGAGAAAGGACCAUACACCUACAUGACAAGAUAUCUCGCAAAAGACAACAUAACAUUCCACGCCAAUCACACCGUCUCCUUCCUGCUUCCCAACGGUGCCAUCUUUGAGCCAUCCAUGUCAGUGGGAACAGAAGACGACAUAAUCACCUCGCUCAACCUGGCUGUGGCUGGAGCUUAUUCAGCAAUUGCUCCAGAGCUCCAUUCAGUUUUAGAAUACCUAAUCAAGUCCACCAACUCCUCCUUGUUCCAACGUCGCACAGUGAAGGAGCUGCUUUGGGGCUACACAGAUCCCAUGCUGAAAGGAGCUGUGGGCUUCUUCUUAGAUUACAAUUCUACAUACGAUGGUUUCUACGAUGUCUUCACUGGCAAAGAUGACAUCGCAAAAGUGAAUAAGAUCAACAUGUGGAGAAAAAAGAGCACCUUAGGGUUUUGGAACGACACAUACUGUGACAUGAUUAAUGGGACGGAUGCUUCCUCCUUUGCUCCAUUUAUAGACAAGAAGGAACCCCUCUAUUUUUUCUCAUCAGACAUCUGCAGGUCUGUGUCGGCCAACUACGAGAAGACUGUAACUCUGAAGGGAAUUGAUGUGUACCGCUACUCCCUUCCCCCAUCCACUUUUGCCUCCCCUGUGGGCAAUCCAGACAACAAAUGCUACUGCUCUGACAUGACAACCAGCAAAAAUUGCACAUUAGCUGGUGUGCUGGACAUCAGAACCUGUCAAGAAAAUCGACCUAUUUACAUCUCCCUGCCCCACUUCCUGCAUGGCAGUCCGAUACUGCGGAAGGAAGUGCUGGGCCUAAACCCCCACGAGGAGCACCAUAAUACCUUUCUGGAUGUUGAACCUACCACUGGGUUUACUCUGAAUUUUGCCAAGAGAAUUCAAGUGAACAUGAUCUACGGACCAUCAAAUGUCAUCACAGUACUCAAGAAAGUAAAGGGCUAUACCAUAUUUCCUCUUGUUUGGCUAAAUGAGACGGCAACGUUGGAUGAUGAAACAGCAGACAUGUUUAAGAGAGAGCUCCUAUCUCGUAUCCAGAUGUUGGAAAUCAUACAGUAUGUGCUCCUGGGUGUUGGUCUUGUCAUCUUUGUUCUCUGUCUCCUUGGUUACUGGAAGGUGCGGAGGAGCCAUAACCAAAACAAGCUUGCGUAGAAAAUUGCAGAUUUGUUGAGCAUAAGAGCACAGUGUAUUCACACCGCCAAGCGACAUAAACCCUUUUUAAUAUAGACUUGCAAUUUGUUGCAAUUUCUGUCUUAUUUAUAAUGUCAGAUAUCCUUUUAUUCCAAAAGGAAGGAAUACUGUGAUUUUGUUAACCGCUCAGUAGAGCUAAAUUUCUUUGCCAUUUCUUGUUUUGAUUUCCAGCACUAACAUAACCUCAAUCAGGGAUUUCUUAAGGGAGACCAAAUAUAAACUCCUGUAAAUGUCAGGUAAACCGUUUAUGUCUCCAAGGAGAGAGAAAUGGGUUUACUUGAGACCCUAUGACAGAAAUAUAGAAGUGCAUAUGUUCAUAUACUUUGCUAAACUAGUGUGUUCAAAAUGAAUAAAGCUAAAAAAAAGA